AUGGCUGAGGAGAUACAGAUGAUGGGCGGGAUGGAGGUCGGCAAGAAGCUGCCGGCGGCCCAGAAAGGUUGCGUGCCCCGUGGGAACGGUUCCCGCGCGGCAUAUAACGACUUUGUGCGCAAGCUCUUUGCUAUUCUGGAGUCCGGGGAGUACACAGACAUCAUAUCAUGGACGAAGGAAGGUAAUAGCUUCGUGGUUGUAGACACUAACGAAUUUACGACGAACAUACUACCGAAGCAUUUUAAGCACUCAAACUUCUCGAGCUUUGUGCGGCAGCUCAACAAGUACGAUUUUCACAAAGUGAAGCGAACUCCCGAGGAGCGACAGAGCUCUGUGUAUGGGGAACACAGCUGGGAGUUCCAGCACCCGCGCUUCCGACGUAACGAUGAGGCUGCACUGGACCGGAUCAAACGCAAAACUGUGACGCAGAAAAAAGUUUCGCUGACAGACGACAUGCUCGCAGGGCACCAGCGGGUGGGCAACGGAGCGGUCGCGUUUCCAGCGAUGGACCUCGGGGCGACCACGAAUCUUUUGCUAAACAACACUAUCAACAAGACCAAGUUCAGUCAGCUAAAAAAACGCGUAGAUAGUAUCGAACUGCAUAACCAGCAGCUGCGCGCAGAGAACAAUAGUUUGAAAAUCGAAUUCCAAAAGAUGAGUUCCAGAUAUAACUCCAUGGUGGAGAACCUCGUGUCUCUUAAAAACUACAAUAAUUCCCUCGUUGAGAACUUCAAUCUGCUGGUAUCCACGCUGGCGCAACAGGGCCUGAAGGUUCCCCAUCCAUUAAACCUCGGCAACUAUGCAUCUUCACAGGUUGCCAAAAAUUCAUCUGCUUCCGACGUUCAACCGCAUGUAUCGCCGUUGGGUACUGUAGCACCUACGAGCAUACCCUUGGCGCAGGCUACCCCGUCGAAAGAAGAGGCCAAUCCUCCUACAAGCCUGCGCCCAGGCUUCCAUGUUCUGCUGGUAGAAGAUGAUUCGGUUUGUAUCCAACUAUGUUCCAAAUUCUUGAGAAAAUAUGGCUGUUCGGUGGAAGUCGUAACGGACGGCCUAUCUGCUAUUGAAACAGUAGAGAAAUUCCAGUACGACCUCGUACUGAUGGAUAUCGUGAUGCCCAAUCUAGAUGGUGCAACUGCCACCUCUGUGAUCAGAAGUUUCGACAACCAAACUCCGAUUAUUGCAAUGACAGGUAACAUCGAAGACCAAGAUUUAGUGACGUAUUUACAACACGGGAUGAAUGAUAUCCUCGCGAAACCUUUUACGAAGGACGACCUCCAUUCCAUGCUUGUUCGGUACCUGAAGGAUAGAAUCCCACUAACGGAGCAGGCCUCGGUUGUAGGUACGGCUCAAUCUGGAGCCCAACCUCCCCUGUUGAAAGAAGAACAAGGUGGCAUCCAAGAUCAGGUAUUACUUCAAGGAGAGCCGUUGUUGAAGAAACCCAGGGUGUGA